AUGGCGACGCCCACGCCCAUGGCAGGCGAGGGGACGCUCGCCGCGGUGAUGCCGCUGUUGCCGCCCCCGCCACCGGCGGCGGAGGCGGCCGCGGGGUCGGCGGCCGAGGCGCCGAUGCUGAUAUUCCUCUACUUCCACAAGGCGAUCCGCGCCGAGCUCGAGAGCCUGCACGGCGCCGCCGUGCGCCUCGCCACGGAGCGCGCCGGCGACGUGGGGGCACUGGCCGAGCGCUGCCGCUUCUUCGUCAACAUCUACAAGCACCACUGCGACGCCGAGGACGCGGUUAUCUUUCCAGCACUUGAUAUACGAGUCAAGAAUGUCGCUGGAACGUAUUCUCUAGAGCAUAAAGGCGAAAAUGACCUCUUUACCCAGCUUCUUGCUUUAUUACAACUCGAUAUUCAAAAUGACGAUGCUCUUCGGAGGGAACUUGCAUCCUGCACAGGAGCCAUACAAACGGUCUUCCCAUUGCUUACCAAGAAAUUUUCAUACGAAGAGCAGUCAGAUUUAGUAUGGCAGUUCUUAUGCAACAUUCCUGUAAAUAUGCUGGCAGAGUUCCUUCCGUGGCUCUCAGCUUCUGUUUCAUCUGACGAGCAUCAGGAUAUUCGUAACUGUUUAUGUAAAAUAGUUCCUGAAGAGAAACUUCUUAAACAGGUUGUAUUCACUUGGAUCGAAGGGAAAGCAACAAGAGAAGUGGCACAGAGUGUUGUCAGUGAUAAUUUGGAAAGAAGUCAUUGUUGCAAGGAUGCUUCCUUUGUUAAUCAAGCGGAGAAACUUAUUUAUCCACUUGAACAGUCUAAAGUUGGGCAUAUAAAGUAUACAGAAUCUAAUGAUUGUCAGGCUGACAGGCACCCCAUAGAUGAGAUUUUAUAUUGGCAUAAUGCUAUCCGUAAAGAAUUAAAUGAUAUAGCAGAGGAGACAAGAAGGAUGCAGCAGUCUGGAGAUUUUGCUGAUAUAUCAGCCUUCAAUGCGAGACUUCAGUUUAUUGCAGAUGUGUGCAUCUUCCACAGUAUCGCCGAGGAUCAGGUUGUAUUUCCUGCAGUCAAUAGUGAGCUGUCCUUCGUGCUGGAGCAUGCUGAAGAAGAGCGUCGAUUUAACAAUUUUAGAUGCUUAAUUCAGCAAAUCCAAAUGGCAGGAGCAAAAUCAACUGCAGCAGAGUUUUACUCUGAAUUGUGUUCACAUGCUGAUCAGAUAAUGGAGGCAAUUGAGAAACACUUCUGUAACGAAGAAACCAAGGUGCUUCCCCAAGCUAGGGUUCUUUUCUCUCCUGAGAAGCAAAGGGAACUUCUAUAUAGAAGUCUUUGUGUCAUGCCAUUGAAGCUAUUGGAACGUGUUCUACCAUGGUUGGUGUCAAAACUGAGCGAUGAGGAGGCAUCUUCUUUUCUUCAGAAUAUGCGCUUGGCAGCACCAUCAUCUGACACCGCAUUGGUCACUCUUUUCUCUGGUUGGGCAUGCAAGGCUCGCUCAGAGGAUAAAUCCAAUUCUGGAGAAUAUAUAUGCUUAACAUCAGGGGCAGCAAGAUGCCUGUUGGAUGAUGUAGAAGAGCUGAAAAAGUGUCAAUCAUUCUGCCCAUGUGCUUCACGUAUCAGUGCAGAUGUUGCUCUUCAUCUGGAAAAUGAAAAUGGUUCUAGGCCAGGCAAGCGAGGAAAUGAUGCAGAAUCUGUUCCUGGUACUAAUGGAAGUCACUGCUCUCAAAUUACUGACACUGUAGCAAGUCCAUGUAGCAAAAAACCUUGUUGUAUUCCUGGGUUGAGAGUAGACACGAGCAAUCUUGGCAUCGGUUCACUGGCUUCUGCAAAGUCCUUUCUCUCCCUGUCAUACAAUUCUUCUGCGCCCUCAUUAUAUUCAAGCCUUUUUUCAUGGGACACAGAUACAGCAUUGUCUUGUUCCGAUGGCAUCUCAAGACCAAUUGAUACCAUAUUCAAAUUUCACAAGGCAAUUCGCAAGGAUUUGGAGUACUUAGAUGUUGAAUCUGGAAAGCUCAUCGAUGGUGAUGAAUCUUGCCUUCGCCAGUUCAUUGGAAGAUUUCGUUUAUUGUGGGGUCUUUAUAGGGCGCACAGCAACGCUGAGGAUGAAAUCGUGUUUCCUGCUUUAGAAUCAAGAGAGCCAUUGCACAAUGUGAGCCAUUCAUACACUCUUGACCACAAGCAGGAAGAGCAAUUGUUUGAAGAUAUAUCUAAUGUUCUCUGUGAGCUUUCACAGCUACAUGAGAGCCUGAACCAGCCACAUACUGAAGCGAAUGAAGCAGAGAAACACUAUUUGAAUUCAUGUAAUGUGAUUGAUUCGACUAGAAAGUACAAUGAGCUUGCUACGAAGCUUCAAGGAAUGUGCAAGUCUAUCCGGGUUGCCUUGUCUAAUCAUGUCCACAGAGAAGAACUUGAGCUGUGGCCAUUGUUUGAUAAACAUUUUUCGGUGGAGGAACAGGAUAAGCUUGUAGGUCGUAUAAUUGGUACAACAGGUGCUGAGGUUCUCCAAUCAAUGCUACCUUGGGUUACAUCAGCGCUUAAUCAAGAAGAACAGAACAAGAUGCUGGAUACAUGGAAGCAAGCAACUAAGAAUACAAUGUUUGGUGAGUGGCUAAAUGAGUGGUGGAAGGGAGUUCCAACACCAUCUGAUUCUUCGUCAGAGGCAUCCCCCAUUCCGGAAGACAGUCAUUCACAAGACAAGCUUGACCAGAAUGACCAGAUGUUCAAGCCUGGCUGGAAGGACAUAUUUCGAAUGAACCAGAGUGAACUUGAGGCAGAGGUUCGAAAGGUUUCACGGGAUCCAACACUUGAUCCAAGGCGAAAGGCCUAUCUAAUCCAAAAUCUCAUGACCAGCCGCUGGAUAGCUGCUCAGCAAAAGCUACCGGAUCCAAGAUCAGAAGAGUGUAGUGAAGGUGCCGGUAUACCUGGAUGUUGUUCUUCUUAUCGUGACCAGGAGAAGCAAAUAUUCGGUUGUGAGCACUACAAACGGAACUGUAAGCUUGUUGCCGCUUGCUGUAACAAGCUGUUUACAUGCAGAUUCUGCCAUGAUAAAGUUAGCGACCAUACAAUGGAAAGGAAAGCAACACAGGAGAUGAUGUGCAUGGUAUGCCUGAAGGUUCAACCUGUCGGUCCGAAUUGCCAAACUCCAUCUUGCAAUGGACUAUCCAUGGCAAAGUAUUACUGUAAUAUCUGCAAAUUUUUUGAUGACGAAAGGACUGUCUACCAUUGUCCGUUUUGUAAUCUGUGUCGUCUUGGUAAAGGUCUUGGUGUUGAUUUCUUCCAUUGCAUGAAGUGCAAUUGCUGCCUUGGAAUGAAACUAACAGAACACAAAUGUCGGGAGAAGGGGCUAGAGACAAACUGUCCAAUUUGCUGUGACUUCCUAUUCACAUCAAGCGCGGCAGUUAGAGCUCUUCCUUGUGGUCACUUCAUGCAUUCAGCUUGCUUUCAGGCAUACACUUGCAGUCACUACACUUGUCCUAUCUGCUGCAAAUCCUUGGGAGAUAUGGCGGUGUACUUUGGCAUGCUUGAUGCGUUGUUGGCUGCUGAAGAGCUUCCCGAGGAAUACCGCGAUAGGUGUCAGGUAUUCACGUUCUGUUCUUGUUUCAUUAUUUUCAUAUGCUGUUGUAUUUAUGUUCUGUUGCAUUAUUCAUGCAGGACAUUCUUUGUAAUGACUGUGAAAGAAAAGGGAGAUCUCAGUUUCAUUGGCUGUACCACAAAUGCGGCUCCUGUGGUUCUUACAAUACCAGAGUUAUCAAAACUGAUACGGCAGAUUGUUCUACCCCAAACUAGCGAGGGGAAUAUUCUUUCUUUUUUAGUUUUUGUCUCUGUAAAUAUAGUCUUACAGAACCUUGUGUAG